AUGGUCUCAAAUAUCGAUGGGAAUACCAAGUGUUCCCACCAGUCUGGUGACCUCCCACCGAUAGCGCCGGAUCAGCCUUCCACCAUGGCAUGGGUGCCGCAGAGCGACGCGCCUGACGUUCCAGAACGGCCACCAUUGAAUUCUCAGCAAUCGAAUUCCCUCCCCUCAACUCCUUAUCAACAUGCGCGCACUCUCUCCUUCCACUCCCGGUCACCGUCCCCCGUCCGCGGAAGCACCUCGCCUCGAUCGACCCACUCCGAAUCGACCCAUCUGCCUCGAAAACCCCUCGGGGCCUGUAAAUAUGAAACCGCAAUGUCCUUUUUCCGCAGACGAAUACCCUAUAAUCUGGGUGCCGAUUUAUUGCCGGAGGAAAAGGAAGGGUUGAAGGAGAAGUUGGAGCCGGAGGAGGAGCAGAAAUUGACAGCUGACAUCAUGGACCUAUAUGAUCGAUUAUUACCGUCGGCUGAAAGUGAUGAUCGCCGAAGGCAGCUGGUACAGAAACUGGAGAAGCUUUUCAAUGACCAGUGGCCCGGCCAUGAGAUCAAGGCCAAUGUGUUCGGUUCGUCGGGGAAUAAAUUAUGUUCAAGUGACUCGGAUGUGGAUAUCUGUAUCACAACCGAUUUUAAGGACCUGGAACAUGUGUGUCUAUUAGCGGAGGUUUUGGCAAAGCAUGGGAUGCAGCGAGUUGUCUGCGUUUCGCAUGCGAAAGUGCCGAUUGUGAAAAUCUGGGAUCCCGAGUUAAAAUUGGCGUGCGACAUGAACGUCAAUAACACCCUCGCUUUGGAAAAUACUCGCAUGAUUCGGACUUAUGUUGACGUCGAUGAGCGGGUACGGCCAUUGGCCAUGGGCGUCAAGCAUUGGACAAAACGUCGGACUCUCAAUGAUGCUGCCUUAGGAGGCACAUUAAGCUCCUAUACCUGGAUCUGCCUAAUUAUCAACUUUUUGCAGACCAGAGACCCUCCCAUUCUACCUAGUCUUCAAGCGCGCCCUCACAAGAAGAGAGUGACACCUGAUGGUUUGGUCUGUUCUUUUGAUGAUGAUAUGAAAGCAUUGAGUGGCUUUGGACGGAACAAUAAGCAAUCAGUGGGAGAGUUGUUUUUCGAAUUCUUUCGUUACUAUGGGCAUAUGAUCAAUUAUGAGGAGAACGUCAUUUCCGUGCGUGAAGGUACCUUGAUUUCAAAAGAUGGCAAGGGUUGGCACCUACUCAUGAACAAUCGCCUUUGUGUGGAAGAACCGUUCAGUACCACCAGGAACCUGGGAAACACGGCUGACGAUACAUCGUUCCGCGGUCUGCAUUUGGAACUAAGACGGGCGUUCAAGUACAUUUCAAAGGGCGAUUUGGAAGGAUGCUGCGAGCAGUUUGAGUUUCCCAAAGAAGAAGAGCGGACUUGGGAGCGACCCCCGCCUCAACCACGACCGAUCAUCACUGCUGCAAUGCCCUCCCGUGGGGGCCGAGGUGGUCGAGGCGGCCGGUACGCCAAUCAGACCUACCGCGGAGGGUUUUCUGGUGUUCGUCGGACAUCCAACACAGGGAACAAGGGCAACACCUUCAGCAGGCAGCCGAGCGCAACGAACGCAAAUGACUUGUCUUUGCAAGCCCAGCAGCAGGCCCAGUACCUAUUGCAUGACCAACUGUAUCAGCAGAUCCAGCUUCUGCAGGCACAAGAGCAAGAACUGAGGAUGCAGCUGCACAACCAGGCACUGAUCACUGGGCGCCCUCCGCCCGUGUUCCUGCGACAGCCAUUUAUCCAAUUCCCGGUACCUCAGCAACAGGAAUACUCCGGGGAGGAGGACUCCCGGUCUAGAUCUGGAACGGUCAAUCAUCCGCCGCUUACUCCCUCACACCGGCCACAGCAACCCUUCUUUGCCCCAACCUACGCCUCCGUCAGUGCCUCUGGCACCCAGGGAAGUUCUACGAACCCUUCGUCACCUUCUGCUUCUACCGUUCUUCCUGAUAUUCGCCGAAGCGAUCGAAGGUCAUCUGCUACAAGCACAUCACCCAAGGGAUCGGGGUCGCUUCGAACGCAAUCGCAGCCGGCCCGGCCUCAAGAAUCUCCCUCUCAGACUUUCCCGCCUCUUUAUGUAAUUCCACAGCUCUUGGACACUUCCCUGGGCUCCAAGCAAUGCCCCGCUCCCGAGUCAGAAGGAGGAGAAGGUAGUGGUGAUGAGAAUACGAUGCCCCCGAAUAGCCUCCCCAGCAACGGGUCUCGCUCAGGGUCAGUGGAUGAAAAUCGGCCGCAAGAUCUUAUGGGGUAUCUUGUCUCUCCCCAACAAAUGCAGCUGUAUCAGCAGAACUCGAUGUUACCGCCUUUGACCACUUCCAUGGGCUUACCGCUGCCAAAUGGCUACACGUCUUUCCUGCCCGUCCAAGACUAUAAGUCCGGAGUAUUCUCAUCUGAUGGAUCGGUUCGGUCGGACCAAACCCCUGCGGCAACAUCCAGGUCUUCAGUUUCUCAGCCACCGCCAAGAUCGACUUCGCGUCCCACGGCACCGGCCGACCGGGGUCCUCUGAUUGUUGAUGGCUCGGUACCUCCCAGUGAACCUCGUACGUCGCCAUAUACGAAUGACAUGAUAGACCCGUAUAGUGCGGUGACUCACUAUACCUCAACAUCGGAUGAUCAUAACAUGAACACACCCGCCAGCUUUUCGGAUUCCUUAUCGCAGGAUUUUCAAGAUCCAGGUCCCUUCGAGUUAGAUCAGUCAUCCAACUUCAAUCGCCCGUCACAGUGGGAUACCCCAAAGAUAGUCAACGGAAAUGGUGAUUCACAAUCAGACAAAAUGAACAAUCAGCCGGAGCUUCUUGCUAGUCGACUGCAAAGCUACCAUCUGUCAAACGCAGAAAAGCUUUCUCAGUCACAUGCCUCCAACAAGACGACAGCCAGCAAAUCCAGUCCGGUGCACCAGGCAGCCAAGGAAUCGUCUCAGACCAAGAACGCAGGAUCAUUGAGUGAAAAAGCCCCAAAUGGAUCACAUGGAAACGAGCCACGGCAGCAGACAUCGAAUUUGAAGCGGCGACCGAACGGGGAGACUUCGGAAAAGACUAAUGGUGUGAACCACAAUCACCAUCAUACUCAUAAGCCUAAGUCUAAAGGGCGACACGACACAUCCCACAACCACUCGUCUAAUUCCCAACCCGAGGGUAAAGACCGGCAUUCCGACCACCCUCCGAAGAAAUCAGGCGGAGGCAGCACAAAUGGUACAGCCGAGAACAACCACGGCGGAUGGCAGAUGACCAAGAAGAAGCACCGCAGGCCCCAAAAAUCGACCACUGAAACUCGAAACGGUGCCCACAAUGCUUCGGAGGGUCUUCCUGAAGAGUCUAUGCGAAAAGGUGGAUGA